AUGAUAUCACAACAUCUGAGUUCAAGUUUCACAAGCAUUACUUGUAACUUCAUUGGAAUAGAUUCUUCAAUGAAAGAAUUGUUCACUUUCUAUUCAAAUUUUAAGGACAAUGGUUGCAUGAUAGGGAUUUGUGGUAUGGGGGGAUCUGGAAAGACAACUCUGGCUAGAGUUUUCUAUGAAAAGUUUCACAGUUACUUUGAAGGUUCUUCUUUCAUUGCUAAUGUUAGGGAAUAUUCAGAAAAAUUUGAUUUGCUUCAAUUACAACAGUUGCUUCUGGCAAAUAUUUUGGAGGAAAAAGAUGCAGAUAUAAGGAAUGUUUAUCACGGAGUUAACAUGAUCAAGAAAAGGCUAUGUCAAAAAAAAGUUCUAAUUGUUCUGGAUGAUGUUAACAAAUUGGACCAACUAGAAAAUUUAGCUGGAGAGCAUGGUUGGUUUGGAUUGGGGAGUUUGAUCAUCAUAACAACUAGAGAUAAACAUUUGUUGGACCAUCAUGGAGUGCAUAAAAUAUAUAAGCCUAAUCCAUUAAAUAGUGAUGAUACUUUAAAACUUUUUUGUUUGAAAGCCUUCAAAAAAGAGCAACCCAAUGAAGGUUAUAUGCAACUAUCCCAGGAUGUUGUUUGCUAUGCUAAUGGGUAUCCAUUAGCUCUAAUAACUUUCGGUUCCUUUUUGCUUGGAAGAACGAUGGAUACAUGGAAAAGUGCAUUAGACAUAUUUAAAAAAUUUCCUAAAAAGGAAAUAUUUGACACACUUAAAGUAAGUUAUGAUGGCCUGGAGGAUAUGUGGAAGGAAAUAUUUCUAGAUGUUGCAUGUUUCUUUAGAGGAAAGAUGAAAGAUCAAGUAAUAGAGAUAUUAGAGACCUGUGGUUUUGACGCAAAAAUCGGAAUACAAGUACUCAUGGAUAAAUCUCUCCUAACCAUAGAAAACGACACAUUGCAGAUGCAUGAUCUACUACAAGAAAUGGGUAAGGAAAUUGUACGUCAAGAAUCACGUGAGGAGCCUGGGAAGCGUAGUAGGUUGUGGCUUCGUAAGGAUUUGUUUCAUGUAUUGAUGAACAAAACGGCAUCAAAAACAAUUCAAGCCAUAGUCCUAGACAGACCUGGAGGGGAUGAGGCAUAUCAGCACAUUGAAUCCUAUUCUGAAGUUUUUUCAAAGAUGUGUAAUCUUAGAUUGCUUAUAAUUGAUAAUGUGCACAUCCUAAAAGGCCUCAAUCAUCUUUCUAACAAAUUAAGACUUCUUGAUUGGCAUGGGUAUUCUUCAAAAUGUUUGCCUUCCAGAUUCCAAUCAAAAGAGCUUGUUGAACUUAAACUGCAGUUUAGCAAAAUUGAAUAUCUUUGGAGAGGUGUAAAGUAUUUAGACAAGUUAAAACUCAUCAAUCUUGGACAUUCCUUAAACCUUAUUAGGACACCCGACUUCACAGGGUUUCCAAGACUUGAGACACUAUGUCUUAGAGGAUGCAUAAAUUUGGUUGAGAUCGACCGAUCCAUUGGAGGACUCAGUAAGCUUACUGUUUUAAAUUUGGAAUUCUGCCGAUCUCUUACCAAUCUUCCAAGCAGCAUGGAUGGUUUAAGAAAACUUGGGGAAAAUCAAAUGCUUGAAGGAACUGAUUUAACUGGAACUGCUAUUCAAGAAGUUCCCUCUUCCAUUAGUUUCUUGAUAUGUCGUGGAUGUGAAAAGGAAAUUUUUAAGUCAACGCUUGAUAGUGUUCAUCAUGAAUUUGAAAAUUCAGCAGUAGUAAAAGCUACCAAAAUUAUGGGAACCUAUGAUGACAGUAACAUGGCAGAACAUAGUGCAAGUUGGAGCUUUCCUGGGGAAACUGAACGAGAUUUGGAUAGUUUAGCUGUUGCAUAG